AGCUGCUGGCAUGCCUGGCGUUUCUAUGCGCUGUGGAGGGCGGGUCUCCCUGGAGGCCGGGUCUGGGCUGGUCCCCAGGAGGGCACAGCCAGCUCAGCUUCCUGGUCACACGGCUCUCCCGGAGAGCACUGCUCUUGCUCCCUGGCAGGCUGGCUCUCAGCCCCAGGCAGACGUGGUCCUGCAAGCAUGCGUGCUCACCUUGGGGCCGGGUGCACCUGCCCGCUGCCCCUGGCCGUGUCCCGGAGGCUUUCGUGCUCGCUGGGGCGCUCCCACCUGCCGCGCCGUUCCAGCUGCCUCCCUCAUGCCCAGAGCAGAGACGGGAGAUAUUAGCGCGAAGAGGGGUGUGCCUUUGACUGAAGAGCAGGGAAGGAGCGUGCCGGAGGAGGAGCUGCUUCUGGAAGGGAGAAGCAGCCCGGGCCACGCAGCUCUGCACAGGCCCAGCGCAGCGCCGAGGAGCUCCGCGCCGUCCGCUCCGCCCUGCCGUGAGCGGCCGUCGAGGCCCGCCGUCCUGAGCCCCGCCAUGGAGGAGGGCCACGAGCUCGACCUCACCUACAUCACGGAGCGCAUCAUCGCCGUGUCCUUCCCCGCCGGCUGCUCCGAGGAGUCCUACCUGCGCAACCUGCAGGAGGUCACGCGCAUGCUCAAGUCCAAGCAUGGGGACAACUACCUGGUACUAAACCUUUCGGAAAAGAGAUAUGACCUUGCGAAGCUUAACCCAAAGAUCAUGGACGUGGGCUGGCCGGAGCUGCACGCACCGCCCCUGGAUAAGAUGUGCACCAUAUGCAAGGCACAGGAGUCCUGGCUGAACAGCGACCCCCAGCACGUGGUCGUCAUCCACUGCAGGGGCGGGAAAGGACGCAUAGGAGUGGUCAUAUCAUCCUACAUGCACUUCACCAACGUCUCGGCCAGCGCUGACCAGGCCCUUGACAGGUUUGCAAUGAAGAAGUUUUAUGAUGACAAGGUUUCAGCUUUAAUGCAGCCAUCCCAGAGAAGGUACGUUCAGUUCCUCAGCGGGCUCCUGUCUGGAUCGGUGAAAAUGAACGCCUCGCCCCUGUUCCUGCACUUGGUCAUCCUCCACGGCACCCCCAACUUCGACACCGGUGGAGUGUGCCGGCCCUUUCUGAAGCUCUACCAAGCCAUGCAGCCCGUGUACACCUCAGGGAUCUACAAUGUUGGCCCAGAAAACUCUAGCAGGAUCUGCAUUGCCAUCGAGCCGGCCCAGCUUCUGAAGGGGGACGUCAUGGUCAAGUGCUACCACAAGAAAUACCGCUCGGCCACCCGAGAUGUAAUCUUCCGCCUGCAGUUUCACACCGGGGCCGUGCAGGGACACGGGCUGGUGUUUGGAAAGGAGGACCUGGACAACGCCAGCAAAGAUGACCGUUUCCCUGACUACGGGAAGGUUGAAUUAGUCUUCUCUGCCACACCUGAGAAGAUUCAAGGCUCUGAAGACUUGCACAGCAACCACGGAGUGACCGUGGACUACAACACGGCAGACCCCCUGAUCCGCUGGGACUCGUACGAGAACCUCAGUGCAGACGGAGAAGUGCUGCACACGCAGGGCCCUGUGGAUGGCAGUCUUUACGCGAAGGUGAGGAAGAAAAGCUGCUCAGAUCCUGGCAUCCCUGGUGGCCCCCAGGCCGUCCCGGCCACCAGCAGCCCAGACCACAGUGACCACACCCUGUCUGUCAGCAGUGACUCUGGCCACUCCACGGCCUCGGUCAGGACGGACAAGACCGAGGAGCGCCUGGCUCCGGGAGCCAAGAGGGGCCUGAGCGCCCAGGAGAAGGCCGAGUUGGACCAGCUGCUCAGCGGGUUUGGCCUGGAGGAUUCCGGGAGCUCUCUCAAGGACAUGACCGAUGCUCGCAGCAAGUACAGCGGGACACGCCAUGUGGUGCCAGCCCAGGUCCACGUGAACGGAGACGCAGUCCUGAAGGACCGAGAGACGGACAUUCUGGAUGACGAGAUGCCCCACCACGACUUGCACAGCGUGGACAGCCUCGGGACCCUGUCCUCCUCAGAAGGGCCACAGUCCGGCCACCUGGGCCCCUUCACCUGCCACAAGAGCAGCCAAAACUCCCUCCUGACUGAAGGUUUCGGCAACACCGUCGGGGAUGAUCAGAGUUCCCUCGCUCCAGACCUGGGCCUUGGCAUGGACCCUCUCUACGAGCGGGAGCGGACUUGCGGGAGCCGAGAGCCCAAGCAGCCCCAGCCCCUGCUGAGGAAGCCCUCGGUGUCAGCCCAGGCGCAGGCCUACGGGCAGAGCAGCUACUCCACGCAGACCUGGGUGCGCCAGCAGCAGAUGGUGGUGGCCCAUCAGUACAGCUUCGCCCCCGACGGGGAGGCCAGGCUCGUCAGUCGAGGCCCAGGGGACAAUUCGGGCCUUGUCCAGGCCCAGCCCAGGGUCCCGGUCACCCCCGCCCGAGGGGCCAGCAGCAGAGUGGCGGUCCAGAGGGGCCACAGCGGUGGUGGGCCAUACCCUCCAGACACACAGCAGGCCUCUCCUGGCAAAGCGUUCAAACCCAGGUUUCCAGAUGGCCAAGUCACGAACGGAGCCAGCCCAGAGCUAAGCGCGGGCCCCUCCCCCGGCUCGCCCACCCUGGACAUCGACCAGUCCAUCGAGCAGCUCAACAGGCUGAUCCUGGAGCUGGACCCCACCUUCGAGCCCAUCCCCACCCACAUGAGCACCCUGGGCAGCCAGGCCAACGGCUCCGCGUCUCUGGACGGCGUGGGCGGCGGGCUCCGGGCGAGCGGCAGGCUUCCCGACACAGGAGAGGGCCCUGGCAGGGCCCCCGUGCGGCAAGGCUCCUUGGCUAAUGAGCCACUGGGUGGAAGACUCAGGAAGCUGAGCCUGGGGCAGUAUGACAACGACGCUGGUGGGCAGCUGUCCUUCUCCAAAUGUGGGUGGGGAAAGGCCACUGUGGACCAAGCCCCAAGCCUGGCACCUUUCCCCUCUCCAGCAGAUGUCAAAGAGACGAUGACGGCUGCGUACCCCCCAGACCUCGACAUGAUCGAUGGCAGGAUUUUAAAUAGCAAGGAGCCCAUGUGCUCCACACCUGCGUUUCCCGUGUCUCCAGAAACACCGUAUGUGAAAACACCCCCGCGUUAUCCCCCGUUCAGCCCCCCGGAGCCCCAAGUGAGCAGCCCGGCCAGCCUGCUCAAAGGAGGACGAGAACCACGAGGCUGCCCCGAGACUCUCAGCCACGCGGUGGGGAUGUCUGAGAGCCCCGUCGGACCCAAGCCCGCGAUGCUCCGGGCCGACGCGCCUGCGGCGCCUUCCUUCCCACAGGCCUUUGCAUCUUCCUGCACAAUUUCUAGCAACGGCCCCGGCCAGAGGAGAGAGAGCCCAUCUUCUGCAGAACGCCAGUGGGUGGAGAGCAGCCCCAAAGCCACCGUCUCCCUGCUGGGGAGCAGCCGGCCCACAGGAAGUCCCCUCGGUGCUGAGUUCUCUGGCCCCGGCAAGGACUCCCCAGUGCUGUCCUGCUUCCCGCGGUCGGAGCUCCAGGCCUCUUUCCGUGGCCAUGACCUGUCCCUGGCAGAGCUGCCGCCGGACACUCUGCCCCCCACGAGCAGCCAGGCCUUCCUGGGCUUUGUCCCCACCCCUGUGGGCAGUGGCCUUGCCCCCGAGGAGGACCUGGGGGCCUUGCUGGCCAAUUCCCACGGCGCAUCACCGGCCCCCGGCGGCCCGCUGACAGCGGCAGGGACUGCCGACGGUGGCUUCCUGUCCCACAGCUUUCUCACGGUGGCUCCCGGACAUGGCAGCCACCACAGUCCAGGCCUGCAGGGCCAGGGAGUGACCCUGCCGGGGCAGCCGCCCCUCCCUGAGAAGAAGCGGGCCUCCGAAGGGGACCGUUCUCUGGGCUCCGUCUCCCCCUCCUCCAGCGGCUUUUCCAGCCCCCACAGCGGGAGCACCAUCAGCAUCCCCUUCCCUAACGUCCUUCCCGACUUCUCCAAGGCCUCAGAAACGGCCUCGCCGUCGCCAGAUAGUCCAGGUGAUAAACUUGUGAUUGUGAAGUUUGUUCAAGACACUUCCAAGUUCUGGUACAAGGCGGAUAUUUCAAGAGAACAAGCCAUUGCCAUGUUAAAGGACAAGGAGCCGGGAUCGUUCAUCGUUCGGGACAGUCACUCCUUCCGAGGGGCCUACGGACUGGCCAUGAAGGUGGCCACGCCGCCCCCUUCUGUCCUGCAGCUGAACAAGAAAGGUGGAGAUUUGGCCAAUGAACUUGUUCGGCACUUUUUGAUCGAGUGUACCCCGAAGGGAGUGAGGUUGAAAGGGUGCUCAAACGAGCCCUACUUUGGGAGCCUGACGGCUUUGGUGUGUCAACACUCCAUCACGCCCUUGGCCUUGCCCUGCAAACUGCUCAUCCCGGAGAGAGAUCCAAUGGAGGAAAUAGCAGAAAAUUCUCCCCAGACUGCAGCCAAUUCCGCAGCUGAGCUUUUGAAGCAGGGGGCAGCCUGCAACGUGUGGUACCUGAACUCCGUGGAGAUGGAGUCCCUCACUGGCCACCAGGCAGUGCAGAAGGCCCUGAGCAUCACCCUGGUCCAGGAGCCACCCCCGGUGUCCACGGUCGUGCACUUCAAGGUGUCAGCCCAGGGGAUCACCCUGACGGACAAUCAGAGGAAGCUUUUCUUCCGGAGGCAUUACCCCGUGAACAGUGUGAUUUUCUGUGCCUUGGACCCACAAGACAGGAAGUGGAUCAAAGAUGGCCCUUCUUCAAAAGUCUUUGGAUUUGUGGCCCGGAAGCAGGGCAGCGCCACAGACAACGUGUGCCACCUGUUUGCGGAGCACGACCCCGAGCAGCCUGCCAGCGCCAUUGUCAACUUCGUGUCAAAGGUCAUGAUCGGCUCCCCAAAGAGGAUCUGAGAGCCCCCCUCUCAGCCCAGACCUGCCAAUGCCUCUUGAGGCCCUGGAGACAGAAGUGGGGUGAGGGCAGGGCCCCACUUCAUACCAAACUGAGAAUCCUAACAUUCCAGGCCUGGGAGGGAGAAAGGACCUUCCAACUCUACAGAAACAAGAACAAACAGCCUCACCACGGAUUGGCCUUUCCUGAUCCAACACAUCUCUGCAGCCAAAUGCUUUUUGGGUAGGAGAAGCCGGGCAUGGGUGCGCCCACCCAGGGUCCGUGCGGGAAAGGGACAGGCGAGGGAACAGCAGGGAGCAUGCGGACGCCUCCACGUUCCCGGCACACCAGCAUUUCAGGGGAUGAGGCGUGCCCGGCGCUCAGGGCAGAGGAGCUGAGUGACCGUCCACUCCCCCGUCUGCCCGCACGCUCCUGUCCAGCUGGCACCCAAGGCCGGUGGUCUCUCACCUCGGUCUGUGAGACGCAGAUGCUAGUGACGCUGAGAAGGGGGUGCGUGUUUGAGGAAGGUUUGUGCCCUUCCAGAGCACGGCGGGGUCCCCAGGGAGGGGACUGUG